AUGAAGGCGUUUCAGACCAUCUGCCGGCAGCUCAGAACUUCAAAGGGGUUUUCUGUAGAACCAACGACUCGUGUGGAUUUCUCCACUUCCUCUUAUUCCUGUAGCCGGAAGAAAAAAGUGAACCCUUAUGAAGAAGUGGACCAAGGAAGGUAUUCUGAUUUAGUACAGUCUGUCUUGUCAUCCAGAGGCCUUGCUCAGACUCCAGAAUCAUUGUUCGAGGAGGAUAAUUUACUGUAUGGACCUGUGAGUAAGUGUAAGCCCCCAAAGCAAGAUGAGGCGGCAAAAGUUCCAGGAAACUGGUGUCCUCUCUUCAAUCCAGAGAAAAGCAUGAAACCAAAUGCAGCAAGUACUCCUACAAUUCCUUUGAGAAUCCCUUUGCAAAGAAACACGAUUCCAAGUGUGACCAAGGUCCUUCAACAGACCAUGACAUCAGAACAGAUUUUCUACUUGGAGAGGUGGAAACAGCGGAUGAUUCUGGAAUUGGGAGAAGAUGGCUUUGCAGAAUAUUCUUCAAACAUAUUUUUACAAGGGAAACGGUUCCAUAAAGCCUUGGAAAGCAUACUUUCACCCCAAGGAGACUUGAAAGAGAGAGAUGAGAAUCUUGAAUCUGGAUAUGUCGAAAGUGUCCAGCAUAUUCUGAAAGAUGUCAGUGGAGUGCGAGCUCUUGAAAGUGCUGUUCAACAUGAGACCUUAAAGUAUGUAGGUCUGCUGGACUGUGUGGCUGAGUAUCAGGGCAAGCUGUGUGUGAUUGAUUGGAAGACAUCGGAGAAACCAAAACCUUAUAUCCGAAAUACGUUUGACAACCCGCUGCAGGUUGUGGCCUAUGUUGGUGCCAUAAAUAAUGAUGCCAACUACAGCUUUCAGGUUCAGUGUGGCUUAAUUGUGGUUGCCUACAAGGAUGGAUCCCCUGCUCACCCCCAUUUCAUGGACACUGAGCUCUGUUCCCAGUACUGGGCCAAGUGGCUUCUUCGACUAGAAGAAUAUACGAAGAAGGAAAAGAACCAGAAUAUUCAGAAACCAGAUUAG